AACAGCGGCCCGUGCGCGGCUUCGGGGGCGCUGGCUUCCCCCGUCGCGGCCGCGGCGUCUUCGUGGCCUUUCUCCUUGCUCGGACUCGCCCUUCCUGAAUUUUACGGAGCAGUAGGAAGAGUCUCGAGGUCUUGACCGACGUCUACGUGAAGGACGCACCAAGAGGGACGCGGUGUCGCGCUCUUCUUAAUAGACUCGUAGAUGCGGUUCGCUGCGUAGUCCCCGUACGGGGGAGUGGCAGAAUCCGUGCAAGCGGGAUGUAGGAGCUUUGACUUCCAUUUCUCUUUUAGUUGCGCUUGACGCCUUGAAGUCUCCCCUGGAGCUACUUAAUGGGGACGUCUAUCAGAUGAGGCAGGAGCCUCAGCUUCAAUCUGGGAAGUCUUUAAAUGAAACUUGCUUAAAAUCUUAUUAGAUCAUACAUAAAAGAGAGACCUCAAUCAACAAUAAGGUGAAAAAGAGUGAUGUUGUCCUUAAAAAACCUGCAGAAUAUCAUCUAUAACCCGGUAAUCCCCUAUGUUGGGACCAUUCCUGGGCAGUUGGAGCCUGGAACCUUGAUUGUAAUACGUGGGCAUGUUCCUUGUGAUUCGGACAGGUUCCAGGUGGACCUGCAGUGCGGCAGCAGUGUGAAGCCGCGUGCCGACGUGGCCUUCCACUUCAAUCCACGCUUCAAGUGGUCUGACUGCAUUGUGUGCAAUACUCUGAAAAAUGAAAAAUGGGGAUGGGAAGAGAUCACCUACGACACACCUUUCAAAAAAGAAAAGUCUUUUGAAAUUGUCAUUAUGGUAUUGAAAGACAAAUUCCAGGUGGCUGUAAAUGGGAAACACAUACUGCUCUAUGCCCACAGGAUUACCCCAGGGAAAAUAGACACUCUGGGCAUUUAUGGCAAAGUGAAUGUCCACUCAAUUGGUUAUAACUUCAGCUCGGAUUUCAGAAGUACCCAAGCAUCUACUCUGGAACUGACAGAGAUAAGUAAAGAAAAUGUACUAAAGCCCGACACACCACAUUUUCCUAGUAAUAGAGGAGACAUUUCUAAAAUCGUACCCAGAACUGUCUACACCAAGAGCAAAGAUUCGACUGCCAAUCACACUUUGACUUGCGCCAAAAUACUACCUACCAGCUGUUUGUCAAAGACUCUGCCAUUCACUGCAAGGUUGAACUCCUCAAUGGGCCCUGGACGAACUGUUGUCAUUAAAGGAGAAGUGAAUAAAACUGCCAGAGGCUUUAAUGUUGACCUAGUAUCAGGAAAAUCAAAGGAUAUUGCUCUUCACUUGAACCCACGCCUGAAUAUUAAAGCAUUUGUAAGAAACUCUUUUCUUCACGAGUCCUGGGGAGAAGAGGAGAGAAAUAUUACCUGUUUCCCAUUUAGUCCUGGGAUGUACUUUGAGAUGAUCAUUUAUUGUGAUGUUAGAGAAUUCAAGGUUGCGGUAAAUGGUGUACACAGCCUGGAGUACAAACACAGAUUUAAAGAGCUUAGCAAUAUUGACACGCUGGAAAUUGAUGGAGAUAUUCAUUUACUGGAAGUAAGGAGCUGGUAGCUGACAUGCUUGCUACAAAAACUGAAAUACAAAAUGUCUUAUGUUAACACUGGCUUCGUUAAAAUGCAUCUAUUAUAUUGUUUAUACGUAUAUUUUGUUAAAAUGAGCUUGCAUAAUAUGAAAUCCUACUAGGUAUUCUCAGUCCUUGCCAUGCAGUGUGGCUUUGUCUAUCUAGCACAGAAUAAGGAAAUCUGAGGCAACAGUAACUUAGUCAUUUUUCAGGCAUUUCUGUUCUCUCUCCCACCCCGGCCUCUUCUUUUUAAAAUCUGCUUCACAUUUAACAAGUAUCUAUUCAUAUAGAAGCUAACAUAUAUUGAGCACUUAUUUUUUUUGCCAGCAAUGUGCUAGAGCUGGGGAUAAAUGUAUACAGUGGAGCACAAUACCACUCUGUUCCUUGUUCUCUUGAGCUCAGAAUCCUCUGUGCUCUGCCAUCGUGCCACUGACUUUUCUACGGGCAUUAACUGCAUAAAGGAACCAGAGACAAUUACUGAGCUGUGAAGUUACCUCCAUACUAAUUUACAAGACAUUACUUCUCUAGCGAUCGCUUUCAAACCCAGAGUUCAGUCAUAUCCAGUAAUUAAAGGACUGAUGUUGCCUUACAUCUAGCUCUAACAUUAUGAAAUCUGAACACAGUACAAAGAUUAAGGCAAACAAUGCAGCAAAACAAAACCAAUGGUAUUAAAAUUAACUUGAGGUCAGUCUAUGCUGCCAAUGUCUGUACCAGAAAUGCUUUAGAGUAGCUGAAUUCAGGGUGAGUCAAGAGGUCUACAUGUACUCCAGUAGAAAGUUUAAGGUAGAUGAUUUCAAUCUGUAAAAUGUUUAUGGGUAACAAAGCAAUGUCAAGAUCAGAUUUCAUGACUGUAAAAUAGGCGCUAUCAUGAGGUAGAGAGAGGCAGUAUAAAAAUCUCUUGUCUGCAUGCAAAUAAACUCCACCUCUCUGUUCUAAAGAUUGGUCCCUCAUCAUUAGCAAUGGAGAUCAAAACAUUGUUCAGUGAUUAAAAUCAAACCUGUAUCAGCAAGUUAAAUUUUUGCAUUUCUGUAAUUUUUUCCUAUUAUUCUUUGAAGCGAGUUGGCAGUUCUUUGUACAAUUCUUACAGGUCAGAUCUUGUUAUAGGAAAUUUCAGACGCUUGGGAGUGGGGAGGUAAAAAAGCUAAGUCAGUUUGAUCAUUUUAUCAUGUUCAGUUGUUGGGCUGAAUAUGCUGCCAGUGUUUAGGAAUAUUUUCCUUAAAGAUUUUAGUUAGAUAUUAUUUGUACCCAUAUAGACAACUAGCAAUCUGAUUUUUUAUAAGUACUCAGUGUAGAAGCUUCUGGCACUUAAUUCUUUUCUAUUCAUGUUAAUUUAUUAUGUUGCGUCUUGCCAAGCUUGUGGGGAGCAGAGUUGGGGUCCUAACUUUCACUGGGAAAACUGAAGAAGGAAUCCCCCAGGGGUUUUUCCCUCCAUAAAGAACAUUAGAGGGCUUGAACGAGAUGCAGACUAAGGGGCUCUUAAAGGAAAAAUAAAAGCCCAUGUACAUCGUUUCCUUUCAUUUCUAAACACACUUGAUGUUCACUUUUGUGUCAUGUGGAGGUAUUACUAAAGACAUAAAAUGGAUUCUCUGACGGAAAGAAUAUAAAAUAUCAAUGUGCUUUGAAAAGAAGCUGUCAGUACUUACUGAGUAAUCUUAUCAAGACAUUUCUUAGAUGGGAAUGCAGAUUCCUAGCAAGCUGUUAUCUCUAACGCUGCAAUUUAGUAUUUUGUCACAAUUCUGCAGUAAAUUUCUACAUUAAAUUAGAACAAAGAAUUUCAAACUAAACAUUCUAUGGGACAGUUCUUAGAUGCUUUAAGUUUUUAAAAAAGGUGUAAGUAAAUAAAAUGCCUUAAAUGCA